AUGUAUCUUAUCUGGUUUAUUAUGGCAUAUUUAACGUAUAAAAACUGUUUUGCUAUCGAUCGCACGCUUGUUAAUGUUAAUAAGUAUUGCAGAGAUAAAGACAGAUUAAUUACAUCCGAGGAGAAUGAUGAAUAUUUGCUUGUCAGUGCCGAGAAUCAUACGACUAUUAUAUUAGCAUGUCGUUAUUGCAAUGAUCACGAGGAAUCUCAAUCAAAAAUUUGGUACUACCAAGAUCGAUAUCGAAAAAGUCCGGAGAAAGAAGUCGAGUUGGGAAUGGAUAAUAAUGUUUCAUACAGUAGAAUCUACACGACACCGGAUCUUUCUCUGGUCAUUAAAAGUUUUUCAGUCGCCGAUGCUGGUAUUUACCGAUGUCACGGUGAAGAAGGACAAGAAAGAGAAAACAAAUAUAAUUAUAGGAUUGAACCAAUUCUCAAAGAUAUUGGCGGCGAGUUUGUAGAAGAAGGAAACAUAACUGAAUGGGAAAAAUAUCGUGAAAUAUAUUUGUGGCCUGUCACUACAAGAUUUGCAGUAAAUUAAUCAA